AUGAAAACCAAUUUUCUUUUUGUAUUUGCCUUAUUGGCCAUGAUUUGUAUUGUCAACGCUAUUCCACAUCAACUUCAUAAAAGAACUACUACGUUUGGACCAUGUCCCGUAUUACUUCCACUAGUCGAGCUCUCUGUAACAAUUUCACCUGAUCCUCUCGUCUCUGGAAAAACCGCAACUUUUUUUGUUAAAGGAGAGCUGACGUCACCAGCCACCAAAGAUUUCUUAAUUUAUGUUCAAAUUGCUGGUAUGGAUCCUCCCUUUUAUUCGAAAAUUCCACUUGGAACCACAGUUAACGUAGUAUUGGAAGUUCCGGUACCAGCCAAUCUACCUGCAGACUACGGUAUUCAAGUUGAUAUUGUCGAUACAAAGACAGCUACGCCUGUAGCCUGUGCAUUUGCUGUUGUUAGCGCCACAACAAUGAGUUUCAAACAAUAG